CCUCUGCCCCCUUCCUCCCAAGCCUUCGUUCUGCCUGUUUCGGGGGGAACAGGGCCCUCCUGGCCCAGCACCUGCUCCUCCUGAGCACCCUCCCCACCUGAAGGGCGCAGGAGUUUUCCACCAUGAGCUUUGCCCUGCUGGGUCUAAGCAUCCUGUUGGUCCACUGUGCGUCCUGUGAGGAGUCUCAAGAAAGCACCAUCUCCCCCUUAGCUUGGCGCUUCACACACCCUCUGUACAAUGUGACCAUCUACGAGAACUCUGCUCCCAAGACCUACGUGGAGAGCCCCGUGAAGAUGGGCGUGCACCUGGCGGACCCCCAGUGGGCAGUGAGGUACCGCAUCAUCUCAGGAGAUGUGGCCGGUGUCUUUAAGACCGAGGAAUACGUGGUGGGCAACUUCUGCUUCCUGAGGAUAAGGACCAAGAACAGCAACACAGCCCUCCUGAACAGGGAGGUGCGAGACAGCUACACACUGGUUGUCCAAGCCACAGACAAGAGCCUGGAGUUUGAAGCUCUGACCCACGUGGUAGUGCACAUCCUCGACCAGAACGACCUAAAACCGCUCUUCUCCCCGCCUUCAUACAGAGUGACCAUCUCUGAGGACAUGCCCCCAAAGAGCCCCAUCUGCAGAGUGACCGCCACCGACGCGGACCUGGGCCAGAACGCCGAGUUCUAUUACGCCCUUCACACCAGGUCAGAGGUGUUUGCCGUCCAUCCCACCAGCGGGGUGGUCACCAUAGCCAGGAAGUUGAAUGUCACCCGGCGAGGGAAGUAUGAGCUCCAAGUGUUGGCCGUGGACCGCAUGAGGAAGAUCUCCGAGGGCAACGGGUUUGGAAAUUUGGCAGCGCUGGUCGUUCAUGUGGAGCCUGCUCUCAAGAAGCCCCCUGCUAUUGUCUCGGUGGUCGUGACGCCACCAAAUGUCGAUGAUGGCGCCACCCAUGCCAUCAUCACGGUGGAUACAAAUGGCUCAGGAGCCGAGGUGGAUUCACUGGAGGUGGUUGGCGGCGACCCUGGAAAAUGCUUCAAAGCCAUCAAAUCCUAUGCCCGGAGCAACGAGUUCAGUCUGGUGGCAGUCAAGGAUAUUAACUGGGCGGAACAUCUCCAUGGCUUCAACCUCAGCCUCCAGGCCCGCAGUGGGAACAGACCUUCCUCCCACUCCCAUAUCAGGGCCUUCCACCUCCCACCCUCCACGCUGGCCUCCAUCAGGUUUGAAAAGGCUGUUUACCGAGUGCAGCUCAGCGAGUUCUCCCCUCCUGGAAGUCGUGUGGCCCUGGUGAAGGUCACCCCGAUCCUCCCCACCCUACGCUACGCUCUGAAGCCAUCUUCUGAGAGCACGAGCUUCAAGCUGAAUGUCCGCACAGGACUGAUCACCACAACGAAGGUCAUGGACUUCCACGACAGAGCCCAGUACCAGCUCCACAUCCGAACCUCCCUGGGCUCAGCCUCCACCACAGUUGUAGUUGACAUCGUGGACUGUAACAAUCACGCCCCUGUCUUCAACAGGUCUUCCUAUGAUGGGACCUUGGAUGAGAACAUUCCUCCAGGCACCAGCGUCCUGAUGGUGACAGCCACAGACCGGGAUCAUGGGGACAAUGGACAUGUCACCUAUUCCAUUGCUGGCCCCCAAACUGUGCCCUUCUCCAUCGAUCCUUACCUGGGGGUCAUCUUCACCACCAAAGUCAUGGACUAUGAGCUCAUGAAAAGAAUUUAUAUUUUCCGGGUACGGGCAUCAGACUGGGGAUCCCCUUUCCGCCAAGAGAAGGAAGUGUCCGUCUCACUGAGACUUAAGAACCUAAAUGACAACCAGCCUAUGUUUGAGGAGGUCAACUGCACAGUCUCUCUUAGCCAAGAUGCACCAGUCGGGAAAUCAAUAAUGACCUUGUCAGCCAUAGACGUGGAUGAACUUCAGAACCUGAAAUAUGAGAUCAUGUCUGGCAAUGAACAGGAGUAUUUUGAUUUAAACCAUUUCUCUGGGGUGAUAUCCCUCAAGCGCUCUCUCUUGAAUCUCACCAUAGGUCGACCCACAAGCUAUUCCCUGAAAAUCACAGCCUUGGAUGGCAAGCACUAUGCCUCGCCCACAACACUGAAUGUCACUGUCGUGAAGGACGCUCGUUCUCAGGUCCCUGUGAAGUGUGAUAAAACAGGGGUGUUAACCCAUUUCACAAAGACCAUUCUCCACUCUGUUGGGCUUCAGGACCAGGAGCCCAGUGAAGAUGAAUUGACUUCCCUCAGUAGCUAUCAGAUCAAUCACCACACACCCCAGUUUGAGGGCCAUUUUCCCCAGUCUAUUGAUGUUCUGGAACAGAUUCCCAUCAACACCCCCUUGGCCCGCCUGGCAGCCACGGACCCUGACACUGGCUUUCAUGGCAAACUGGUCUAUGUGAUUUCAGAUGGCAAUGAGGAGGGUUGCUUUGACAUUGAGUUGGAGACGGGGCUGCUCACGGUAGCAGCGGCCUUGGACUAUGAAACGACCAAUUUCUACGUCCUCAAUGUGACAGUAUAUGACCUGGGCACUCCUCAGAAAUCCUCUUGGAAGCUGCUGACAGUGAGUGUGAAAGACUGGAAUGACAAUGCACCCAGGUUUCCUGCAGGUGGGUACCAGCUCACCAUCUCAGAGGACACAGAUGUUGGAACCACAAUCGCAAAGCUGCAAACGAAAGAUGCGGACUCGGAGGACAAUGGGAGGGUCCGCUACACCCUGCUGAGCCCCACGGAGAAGUUCUCCCUCCACCCCCUUACUGGGGAGUUGGUUGUCACAGGACACUUGGACCGGGAAUUGGAGCCUCAGUAUAUACUGAAGGUUGAGGCUAGGGAUCAACCCAGGAAGGGUCACCAGCUCUUCUCUGUCACAGACUUGAUGAUCACGUUGGAAGAUGUCAAUGAUAAUUCUCCCCGGUGCAUCACAGGACACAGCAGCCUGAAGGUCCCUGAGGACCUGCCCCCAGGAACUAUCUUGACAUUUCUGGAUGCCUCUGAUCCUGACCUGGGCCCUGCGGGUGAAGUGAGAUAUGUCCUGGUAGAUGACGUCCAUGGAACCUUCCAGGUGGACCCGAUGACUGGGGCACUGAGUCUGGAGAAAGAGCUGGACUUCGAGAGGCGGACUGGAUAUAACCUGAGCCUGUGGGCCAGUGACAGUGGGUGGCCCCUCACCCGCAGGACCCUCUGCCACGUGGAGGUGUUGGUCCUGGAUGUCAACGAGAACCUCCACCGUCCCCGUUUUGCCUCCUUUGUACACCAGGGCCAGGUGCGGGAGAACAGUCCCCUGGGAACUCCAGUGCUGCUGGUCACUGCCCAGGAUGAUGAUGGUGGCUUGGACGGGGAGCUCCGGUACUCCCUGCGGGCUGGCACUGGUCUUGAAGCCUUCAGUAUCAAUCAAGACACAGGAUUAAUUGAGACUCUGGCGCCUUUAGACCGAGAAUUCGUUCAUGACUACUGGUUAACGGUAAUGGCUGUGGACAAGGGCUCUGUGCCCCUCUCUUCUGUCACUGAAGUCUACAUCGAGGUUACAGAUGUCAACGACAAUGCACCGCGGAUGUCUAGACCCGUGUUCUACCCCUCCAUCCAGGAGGAUGCACCCUUGGGUACCUCUGUGCUUCAGCUGGAUGCCUGGGACCCUGACUCCAGCUCCCAAGGGAAGCUGACCUUCAACAUCACCGGUGGAAACCACAUGGGGUUCUUCGUCAUCCACUCUUCCACAGGUCUGCUAUCCACUGCCCGGCAGCUUGACCGAGAGACCAAGGAUGAGCAUGUCCUGGAGGUCACUGUGCUGGACAAUGGGGAGCCCGCCCUAAAGUCCACCUCCAGGGUGGUGGUGUGCAUCCUGGACGUGAAUGACCACCCGCCUGCGUUCUCCCACAAGCUCUUCAAAGUGCGCCUCCCCGAACGCCUGAGCGCUGUGUCUGCUGGGCCUGUGUACAGGCUGGUGGCUUCAGACCCAGAUGCUGGUCUCAACGGCAGCGUCACGUACAGCAUCGAGGAGAGUGAUGAGGAGGGCUUCCGCAUAGACCCUGCCACGGGCGUCGUGUCGUCCAGCAGCACGUUUGCAGCAGGAGAGUACAACAUCCUCACGAUCAAAGCCACAGACAGCGGGCAGCCAGCGCUCUCCUCCAGCGUCCGGCUGCACAUUGAAUGGAUCCCUCAGCCUCGACCAUCCUCCAUCCCGCUGGCCUUUGAUGAGCCUUACUGCAGCUUUACAGUCAUGGAGACGGACCCCGUGAACCACAUGGUGGGGGUGAUUGGUGUAGAGGGUCGGCCUGGCCUCUUCUGGUUCCACAUCUCAGGUGGGGACAAGGACAUGGACUUUGACAUCGAGAGGACUACAGGCGGCAUCAUCAUCGCCAGACCUCUUGAUAUGAGGAGAAAGUCAAGCUACAACUUGACUGUGGAGGUGACAGAUGGGUUCCACACUAUUACCACCCAGGUCUAUGUCUACAUGAUUGCCAACAUCAACCAUCAUCGACCUCAGUUCUUGGAGGCUCACUAUGAGGUCAGUGUCCCUCAGGACACACUGCCUGGGGUGGAGCUCCUCCGAGUCCAGGCUACAGAUCAGGACAAGGGCAAGGGCCUCAUCUAUACCAUCCAUGGCAGCCAAGACCCUGGGAGUGCAGAUCUCUUCCAGCUGGACCCGAGCAGUGGUGUCCUGGUAACAGUGGGGAAGCUGGACCUGGGCUCAGGGCCUUCCGAGCACACGCUGACGGUCAUGGUCCGAGACCAAGAGAUGCCCAUCAAGAGGAACUUCGUGUGGGUGACUGUUCGUGUGGAAGAUGGAAACCUCCACCCACCCCGCUUCACUCAGGCCCAUUACGAAACAAGUGUUCCCAACACCAUUGCCCCUGGCACAGAGCUGCUGCAGGUCCGAGCUGCGGAUGCUGACCGGGGAGCCAAUGCUGAGGUGCGCUACUCUCUCCUGAAAGGGAACAGUGAAGGUUUCUUCAACAUCGAUGACCUCCUCGGCAUCAUCAGUGUAGCACAGAAACUCGACCGAGUCCAUCACACGAGACACACACUGACCGUGAAGGCAGAAGAUCAAGGCUUCCCACAGAGGCAUGACCUGGCUAUGGUGAUCAUUCAUGUCCACCCCUCAGACAGCAGUGCCCCCAUCUUUUCGAAAGAUGAAUACUUCAUAGAGAUCCCCGAAUCUAUUCCCGUUGGCUCCCCGAUCCUGCUCAUCUCUGCCACAAGUGCGUCUGAUGUUACCUAUGAGCUAAGAGAGGGGAACAAGGAUGGAGUGUUCUUUAUGAACUCGUACUCCGGCCUCAUCUCCACCCAGAAGAACUUAGACCAUGAGAAAAUCUCAUCAUACCAGCUGAAAAUCCGAGGCAGCAACAUGGCCGGUGCCUUCACGGAUGUCAUGGUGCUCAUUUAUAUAAUUGAUGCAAAUGACAAUGCUCCCAUGUUCUUAAAGUCAGCCUUUUUGGGCCACAUUAGUGAAGCAGCCCCAUUGUACAGCAUGAUCCUGGAUGGGGACAACAACCCCUUUGUGAUCCGUGCCUCUGACAGGGACAGGGAGGAGAAUUCCUUGUUGGUCUAUAAAAUUUUGGAGCCUGAAGCUUUAAAGUUUUUCAAAAUUGACCCCAGCAUGGGGACGCUAACCAUUGUCUCAGAGGUGGACUAUGAGACCACGCCCUCUUUCCAGUUCAGUGUCUACGUCCAUGACCAAGGGAACCCCAUCUUAUUUGCACCCAGGCCUGCCAAGGUCAUUGUCCAUGUCCGGGAUGUGAAUGACUCUCCUCCCAGGUUCUCAGAUCAGAUCUAUGAAGUAGCCAUUGUGGGGCAUGUCCACCCAGGCAUGGAGCUCCUGGUGGUUCGGGCCCAUGACGAGGAUUCGGAAGUCACCUACAGCAUCAAGAUGGGCAAUGCUGACGAUGCUGUCGCCAUCCACCCCUCCACCGGCCGCAUAUCUGUGCUGAAUCCUGCCAUCCUGGGACCCUCUCGGAAGCUCACCGUCAGAGCUUCUGAUGGCCUAUAUCAAGACACCGCGCUGGUCAAAAUUUCUCUGACCCAAGUCCUCGAUGAAAGCUUACAGUUUGAUCAAGAGGUCUACCAGGCAAGGGUGAGGGAGAACGUGCAUCAUAGCGAGACACUGGCAAUCCUUGGUGUCCAGGGCAACCGUCUGAAUGACACCCUGUCCUACUUCCUCCUCAACGGCACUGACUUCUUCCACAUGGUCAGGUCAGCAGGUGUGCUGCAAACCACAGGAGUGGCACUUGACCGGGAGCAGCAGCCUGUUCACGAGGUGGCAGUGGAAGUGAGGGACAACCGGGUCCCUCAGCGGGUGGCCCAGGCUCUGGUGAGGGUCUCUGUGGAGGAUGUCAAUGACAGCCCUCCGGAGUUUAAGCAUUUGCCAUAUCACACGGUCAUUCAAGAUGGCACUGAGCCGGGGGACGUCCUCUUUCAGGUGUCCGCCACUGACAAGGACUUGGGGACCAAUGGGACAGUCACAUAUGCCUUUGCAGAAGAUUAUGCCUAUUUCCGAAUUGACCCCUAUGUUGGAGAUAUAACACUCAAGAAACCCUUUGAUUAUCAAGCUUUAAAUAAGUAUCGCCUUAAAGUCAUUGCUAAGGAUGGAGGGACCCCAACCCUCCAGACUGAGGAAGAGGUGCUUGUCACCGUCAGAAAUAAGUCCAACCCAUUGUUUCAGAGUCCUUACUACAAAGUCAGAGUACCUGAAAAUAUCACACUCUACACCCCGAUUCUCCACACUCAGGCCCGCAGUCCCGAGGGACUGAGGCUCAUCUACAACAUUGUGGAGGAAGAACCUUUGAUGCUGUUCACCACGGACUUUAAGACUGGCGUCCUCACAGUGACAGGCCCGUUGGACUAUGAGUCCAAGAGCAAACAUGUGUUCACGGUGAGGGCCACAGACACGGCUCUGGGGUCGUCUUCUGAAGCCACCGUGGAAGUCGUGGUGGUGGACAUUAACGAUAACCCCCCUACGUUUUCUCAGUUGGUAUACACCACAACGGUCCCAGAGGGCUUGCCUGCUCGGACCCCUGUGAUCCAACUGUUGGCUUCAGACCAAGACUCAGGGCAGAACUGUGACGUCUCCUAUCAGAUUGUGGAGGAUGGCUCAAACAUUUCCAAAUUCUUCCAGAUCAAUGGGAGCACAGGGGAGAUGUUCACAGUCCAAGAGCUGGAUUACGAAGCCCAACAACACUUCCAUGUGAAGGUCAGGGCCAUGGAUAGAGGAGAUCCCCCACUGACUGGUGAGACCCUUGUGGUUGUUAACGUUUCGGACAUUAAUGAUAAUCCCCCAGAGUUCAGAGAACCUCAGUAUGAAGCCAAGGUCAGUGAGCUAGCAACCUGUGGACACCUGGUGCUUAAAGUCCAAGCUCUUGACCCCGACGUUGGCGAUACGUCUCGCCUGGAAUACCUGAUUCUUUCUGGCAACCAGGACCGGCAUUUCUCCAUCAACAGCUCAUCGGGAAUCAUUUCUAUGUUCAAUCUUUGCAAAAAGCAGCUAGACUCUUCGUACAACCUAAGGGUAGGGGCAUCUGAUGGGGUCUUCCGCACCACUGUGCCUGUGUAUAUCAACACUACAAAUGCCAACAAGUAUAGCCCUGAGUUCCAGCAGCACAUUUACGAGGCUGAAUUGGCAGAGAACGCGAAGGCAGGGACAAAGGUGAUCGAGUUGCUAGCCAUAGACAAGGACAGUGGUCCCUACGGCACGGUGGAUUAUACCAUCAUCAACAAGCUGGCAGGUGAAAAGUUCUCCAUAAACCCCAGGGGUCAGAUCACCACUCUUCAGAAACUGGAUCGGGAAAAUUCAACAGAAAGAGUCAUUGCUAUUAAGGUCAUGGCAAGGGAUGGAGGGGGGAAAGUCGCCUUCUGCACCGUGAAGAUCAUCCUCACAGAUGAAAACGACAAUGCCCCGCAGUUCAAAGCGUCUGGGUACACCGUGUCCAUCCCGUCGAAUGUCAGCAAAGACUCCCCUGUCAUCCAGGUGCUGGCUUACGAUGCGGACGAAGGUCAGAAUGCAGAUGUCACCUAUUCAGUGGACUCAUCAGAGGACCUGGCUGAAGAGAUCAUUGAGGUCAACCCGACCACUGGAGUGGUCAAGGUAAAGGAGAGCCUGGUGGGACUGGAAAACAGGGCAGUUGCCUUCAACAUUAAAGCCCAGGACGGGGGUCCUCCUCACUGGGACUCUCUGGUGCCUGUACGACUGCAGGUGGUUCCUAAUGAGGUACCCUUGCCCAAGUUUUCUGAGCCUCUGUACACCUUCUCUGUAUCCGAAGACCUUCCAGAAGGGUCUGAAAUUGGCUCUGUGAAGGCAGUGGCAGCCCAAGACCCAGUCAUCUAUAGUCUGGUUGAGGGCACCACACCAGAGAGCAACAGGGACGGUGUCUUCUCCUUGGAUCAAGACACAGGGGUCCUGAAGGUAAGAAAGACCAUGGACCACGAGUCCACCAAAUGGUACCAGAUUGACCUGAUGGCUCACUGCCCCCAUGAAGACACUGACUUGGUGUCCUUGGUGUCUGUCAACAUCCAAGUGGAAGACAUCAAUGACAACAGGCCUGUAUUUGAGGCUGACCCAUAUAAGGCUUUCCUCACUGAGAACAUGCCAGGGGGGACCACAGUCAUCCAGGUGACUGCCAAUGACCAGGACACAGGGAGUGAUGGGCAGGUGAGUUACAGGCUGUCCAUGGAACCCGGUAGCAAUAUCCAGGAGCUCUUUGCGAUCGACAGUGAGAGUGGCUGGAUCACCACGCUCCAGGAACUUGACUGUGAGACCCACCAGACCUAUCGUUUCUAUGUGGUGGCCUAUGACCAUGGACAAACCAUACAGCUAUCUUCUCAGGCCUUGGUUGAGGUCUCCAUCACCGAUGAGAAUGAUAAUGCCCCUCGAUUUGCUUCAGAAGACUACAGAGGCUCUGUGGUGGAGAAUGGUGAGCCUGGGGAACUGGUGGCCACCCUGAAGACCCUGGAUGCUGACGUUGCUGAGCAGAAUAGGCAGGUCACCUGCUACAUCACAGAGGGAGACCCCCUGGGCCAGUUUGGCAUCGAGCAAGUUGGGGACGAAUGGAGGAUCUCCUCAAAGAAAACCUUGGACCGUGAGCACACGGCUAAGUACUUACUCAGAAUCACAGCGUCUGACGGCAAGUUCCAAGCUUCGGUCCCUGUGGAGGUCUUUGUCCUGGACAUCAAUGACAACAGCCCACAGUGCUUGCAGCUGCUCUACACUGGCAAGGUCCGUGAAGAUGUCCCCCUGGGACAUGCCAUCUUGAAAGUUUCUGCCACCGACAUGGACGCAGACACCAACGCUCAGAUCACCUAUUCUCUGCAUGGUCCUGGAGCUCAGGACUUCAAGCUGGAUCCCCAUACAGGGGAGCUGACCACCCUCACAGCUCUGGACCGCGAGAGGAAGGAUAUGUACAGUCUUGUUGCCAAAGCCACAGAUGGAGGGGGCCGGUCAUGCCAGGCAGAUGUGGCCCUCCACGUGGAAGAUGUGAAUGACAACGCCCCGAGGUUCUUCCCCAGCCACUGCGCAGUGGCUGUCUUUGACAACACCACAGUGAAGACGCCCGUGGCUGUGGUCUUUGCCCGGGACCCUGACCAGGGAGCCAACGCCCAAGUGGUCUACUCCCUGACCGAUUCUGUGGAUGGCCAGUUCUCCAUCGAUACCACGUCGGGGGUGAUUCGGCUGGAAAAGCCCCUGCAGGCCAGGCCCCAGGCCGCCCUGGAGCUCACAGUCCGUGCCUCUGACCUGGGCACCCCCAUGCCCCUGUCCACCCUGAGCACAGUCACCGUCUCAGUGGUGGGCCUGGAGGACUACUUGCCGGUCUUCCUGGACACGGAACACACAGUGCAAGUGCGGGAGGACGCCCCGCCGGGCGCCGAGGUGCUGCGCCUGGCCGCCCUGACCCGCCCCGGGGCCGAGAAGACCGGCUACCGCGUCGCAGGCGGGAAUGAGCGGGGCAAGUUUCGCCUGGAUGCACUCACAGGAAUCCUCUAUGUCAACGGGAGCCUGGACUUUGAGACAAGUCCCAAGUACUUCCUGUCCAUUGAAUGCAGUCGGAAGGGGUCCUCCACCCUCAGUGACAUGACCACCAUUGUGGUCAAUGUCACCGACGUCAAUGAACACCGCCCCAGAUUCUCCCAGGAUCUGUACCACGUGAGGGUCUUAGAGAACACCAUUGUGGGUGACGUCAUCUUAACAGUGUCAGCAAAUGACGAGGACGGACCCCUAAACAGUGCCAUCACCUACAGCCUGGUAGGAGGGAACCAGCUUGGACACUUCACCAUCCACCCCGAGAAGGGGGAACUGCAGGUGGCUGUAGCCCUGGACUGGGAACAGACACCCAGCUAUUCCCUGAGGCUUCGAGCCACCGACAGCGGGCAGCCCCCGCUGUAUGAGGACGCAGAAGUGGACGUCCAAGUGAUUGAUGUUAAUGACAACCCACCCAGGUUCUUCCAGCUCAACUACAGCACCACUGUCCAGGAGAAUUCUCCUGCUGGCAUCAAAGUUCUGCAGCUGAUCCUGAGUGACCCUGACUCCCCCGAGAACGGCCCCCCAUACUCCUUCCGGAUUACCAAGGGGAAUACUGGCUCUACAUUUCGGGUGACUCCAGAUGGAUGGCUGGUGACAGCUGCAGGCCUGAGUAGGAGGGUCCAGGAGUGGUACCAGUUGCAGAUCGAGGUGUCAGACAGCGGCCUCCCUCCCCUGUCGUCUUCCACAUCGGUCAGAGUCCACGUCACAGAGCAGAGCCACUACCCGCCCUCGGCGCUGCCCCUGGAGAUCUUCAUCGCUGUUGGGGAGGAGGAGUUCCAGGGGGGCAUGGUGGGUAAAAUCCACGCCACAGACCGAGACCCACAGGACACGCUGACCUACAGCCUGGAGGGGGAGGGCAGCCUGGGCAGGCACUUCUCAGUGGGCACGCUGGAUGGCAAGAUUAUUGCUGCCCAGGGACUGCCUCGUGGUCGCUACUCAUUCAACGUCACAGUCAGCGAUGGUACCUUCACUGCCACCACUGGGGUCCACGUCCACGUGUGGCAUGCGGGCCAGGAGGCUCUGCAGCAAGCCGUGUGGCUGGGCUUACACCAGGUCACCCCUGAGGAGCUGGUGAGUGACCACUGGCGCAACCUUCAGAGGUUCCUCAGCAACACGCUGGACAUCAGGCGGGCCAACAUCCACUUGGCCAGCCUCCAGCCUGCAGAGGCCACAGCUGGUGUGGACGUGCUUCUGGUCAUUGAGGGGCAUUCUGGAACCAUCUACAACCAACAGGAGCUGACCUCCAACAUCGCUCGCUCAGCCAAGGAGAUGGAACACUCGGUGGGGAUUCAGAUGAGGUCAGCUCUCCCCGUGGUGCCCUGCCAGGGGCCAAGCUGCCAGGGUCAAACCUGCCAAGAGACAGUGUACCUGGAGCCCAAGGUCGGAGCCACAUACAGCACAGCCAGGCUCAGCAUCCUGACACCCCGGCACCGCCUGGGAAAGAACUGCUCCUGCAACGGGACCGCUGUGAGGUUUGGUGGUCAGAGCUAUGUGCGCUACACGUCCCCAGAGGCUCGGAGCUGGCAGGUCCAUUUCUACCUGAAAACACUGCAGUCACAGGCGCUUCUCCUGUUCGCCAAUGAAACGGCAUCGGUUGCACUGAAGCUAGCCAGUGGUGUGCCUCAGCUGGAGUACCGCUGUGCAGAUGGUUUCUAUGGAAACCUUUCCUCCCGGCAGCCCGUGAAUGACCGAGAGUGGCACUCCAUCCUGCUGGAGGAGACGGAGACUUUCAUCCGCCUGUGGGUCGACGGCACAGGCAGCUCCUCCCUCGUCGUCCCCGAACACUGCCGCCACCCACCGAGUCCUGAGAGACGCCUCUUGCUGGGCGGCCUCGUCCCAUCCCGCCCUGCCUCAAAUGUCUCCCUGGGCUUCGAAGGCUGCCUGGACGCUGUUGUGGUCAACGGAGAGAAGCUGGAGCUGCUGGGCCAACAGGGGAAGAAGGCAGUGGGCUUGCUGGAGAGACAGGCCCUUGGUCAGUGCUGCUGGCCCAGCGCCGGCUGUAGCCGUAACCCGUGUCUCAAUGGCGGGAGUUGUUCACAGGUCCCCGGGGCAGGCUACGUGUGCAGGUGUCCCCCGCUGUUCUCCGGGAGGCACUGUGAACAACAAGGAAGGGCGAACUGUACUUCGCUACCCUGCCUGGAUGGUGGGGCUUGCACUUCCUCCCCUGACGGAGCUUCCUGUAACUGCCCUCACCCUUACACAGGUGACAGGUGUGAAAUGGAGGCAAGAGGUUGCUCUGAAGGACACUGCCUCAUCACCCCCGAGAUCACCAGGGGGGACUGGGGUCAGCAGGAGUUACUGAUCAUUGCGGUGGCCACACUGCUGGUCACUGUGGCCACCGUGGGGCUCCUCUUCUACUGCCGCCGCUGCGAGUCUCACAAGCCGGUGGCCAUGGAGGACCCAGACCUCCUGGCCAGGAGUGUGGGGGUGGACACCCAAGCCAUGCCCCCCAUCGAGCUCGAUCCCCUGAGUGCCAGCUCCUGCAACAACCUGAACCAGUCAGAGCCCAGCAAGACCUCAGUGCCCAAUGACCUCGUCACCUUUGGACCCAGCUCCAAGCAGCGGCCGAUGGUGUGCAGCGUGCCUCCCAGGCUGCCCCCAGUGGCAGUCUCCUCCCAUGCCGACCACGAGUCAGUCAUCAAGAGAACGUGGUCAGGCGAGGAUCUGGUGUACCCAGGCAGAGCUGCCGUCUGGCCCCCGACUUACUCCAGGAAGGAGCACUGGGAAUACCUGCCCCCCACUGAAGUGACCCAGGGGCCUCUGCAGAGCUCCCCUCGCCGCCACGCAGGCACUGCCGCGAUGCCAGACCCCACCGGCCUCUACGGGGGCUUCCCCUUCCCCCUGGAGCUGGAGAACAAGCGGGCCCCCCUCCCGCCCCGUUACAGCAACCAGAACCUGGAAGACCUGAUGCCCCCCCGGCCCCCCAGCCCCGGGGAGCGCCUGCUGGCCCCCUGUCUCAACGAAUACACGGCCAUCAGCUACUACCACUCGCAGUUCCGCCAGGGCGGGGGCGGGCCCUGCCUGGCCGAGGGGGGCUACAAGGGGGUGAGCAUGCGCCUCAGCCGGGCUGGACCCUCCUAUGCUGACUGCGAGGGGGACAGUGGGCCUGCUGGAGGCCGGGGCCAGCCACGGGCGCCCCCUAACUAUGAAGGCUCGGACAUGGUGGAGAGUGACUACGGGAGCUGUGAGGAAGUCAUGUUCUAGCUUCCUGCUCCAGGGGCGCUGUCUUCCAGGCUCGCCGGGGAGACUUGAGUGUGGCUGCGAGGAGGGAAGUCCCCGUCCCCAGGCCAGGUGGCUGUCCCUUCAAAUGUGCUCUUCCAGUCCCCCGAUGGACCCUGAGGGUGGAGGGAAGCUGAGGGUCGAGCUGCAAAGACAGUAUUAGGGUCCCGGGACAGAGGGGAUGCCCAGGGAGGUUAGCCGGGAAACCAGGCAGGCGGUUUCCGGUAUCUAGCACCAGGAAGGCAGGCCCCCCAACCGCUGGCUCAGCCUAGCCGGGCCACGUUCUUACAGCCGCCCACAGCUCUGUUUUGGGGGAGCACUUAGGCUCAUGCCUAGCAGACGGACCACAACACUGCUACAUAGGUGUGGCCCGGGGGCUUCCGACCCUGGAGGGCCAUGGGAGGCUGAGAGGUGACAGAUACAAAACCACCUGAGUAUUCUAGCAGCCCAGCUGCACAGGAAUUUGUUCCACCUCUAAAAAAGAAUGAAAACUCACAUGACUUUUUACCAGGCCAGGGCCAGGGCCUGCCAGGAUCCUGUGCGGCUUUUGCACCUUUUGUACUGAACACUGUGUUUUUCAUUCUGAAUUUCCCAGGUGCUUUUAGCCAAAAGCAGGAAAUAAAAAAGAUCCAUUUUAAAAUUCUUAGGCACUUUUCAACCUUUCUGGGUGUGUUUUCCCAAAAGGACUUUUCUUCUCUAGACACAAGGAACUCAGACUUUCCAUUCAGGCCCAGGUGGAGGCAGAGAGGUGACCAGCGGAAGGUCCAAGCCAGAUAGCUUCCUGGCCCUUCAUCGCAGAUACCCACCAAUCAAGUGUUACCCACACUGACUCAGCCCUGUGCACGGAGGGUCAACAUGGGCAUGCAUCUACACACGUGGGCGCCCCAUGAACAAUGCAUGCAUACACACGUGUAGAGCAGAUGUCGCUGGGAGUGGCAGCGACUGGAGGUCAGUGAGGCCUGUGGUGGCCUCACUACUCUGGCCCCUGCCAAUCCCUCUAUGGUCCCCUGUCUUUUCUCAAGAGGAGAUGCAACUUCAACCCUCACCCACCGGGCAGCUCUUGGCAGCCAUGUGGGUGAGGGUACAUUCGUGUGAGUGUUUUACAGCUGCGACUGUGGGCG